ACUACCUCACUUUGCUUGGCGCAGACGGAAGUAAGACUAUCACAUGCACAGUGGUGCCAGAUCAUGGUGAAAGAUACCUGAAGGUAUAAAGGCAAAGUUUCACAAGGUUCGACCCAUUUCACCUCGCCAGUGUGUACCAAGCGUUUGUAUGUUAGUUCGUAGGUACGUGCAUAGUUUAAAAAGAAUGGAAAACCUUUGCUGGGUGCAGUUAUUCGCGGUUUUUCUCGGGCUGAAUCACCAAGCCGUCGGAGGAGAUCCUUUCGGCGAUGCAGGCAUUUCCGCCCGAGGAGGACAGAACUGUGACCCGGCGCCUCUCAUUAAGUACCACGAGGGCCAGAAGGAGUGCAUGUACAUAGACCCAACGGGAGCCAGGAAAAUUGGAUUCGGGUACGGCCUGGAUAGAGCUGAUGCCAAAAAGGUGAUCGCGAAACUGGGGGUAAACUUUACCAAGUUGUACGACGGACCGGCCACGGCCUUCGGAUCAGCCUGUCAUUGCAGUGACGUCAUCUGUCUCAACGAGCAGCAGAUUUCACAACUGUUCAAGGUGGCACUAUCCCAGGCCGUGUCGGACGCACACAAGGCCUUCAGCAGGUUUGACGAGCUGAGCUGUAACGUGCAGAACGUGCUGGUGGACAUGUCGUACCUGUGGGGAUAUGCAGAUGUGAAGGGCUACUUUGGUAAGUUCCUUGCGUGGCUGGGGAUCGGGAACUGGCACGCUGCGGCAGACGACCUGUCCCUGACGGAGUGGUGCAUGCACUACGACUCCGGCAACAUGAAGAGGUGUAUGGACGAUGUGAAAUACGUCAAGAUGGGCAGCACCUGCUUCCAGCCUUUCACAAGGAAGUGCAAUUCCUCGUCCUGCUGCAAGGAGCAGGAGACGUGUUGCAUGGACCGCUGGCGCUUCGUGGAGUACAUAGAGAAGACCCUGCCCGAGUACCUGUGCUGUCCGUACCCGAAUGCGGAGUGCUGUCCCGGCAGGAACGCCUGCUGUCCCCACGGCUACCCGAACUGCUGUCCCACCUACUGCUGUCCUCCUGGCUACCCCGUGUGCAAGGACAAGAAAUGUUACUCUGUAGAUGGGAAGGAGAUGGCAGAGCCGCAUCAUGGGAUAGGGGAAUAUUAGCUAGUGCAUUUUCUUUUUACAAGACAGGAACUUUCUUGUUACCUUUGUUCAAUUUGUAAACUAAUGCGCUUUGGUGGCAUAAUUCUCGUUCUACAUGUGUAGCUCUGCACCACUUGUGGCCUGAGUGACAUCUGAGUUAGUUAACCAGGGCUAACUUCAUACAGCUAGUCUUCAUAAAGUAAUUGAAUAUUGUCAUGCAAUUAAACCUGUACAAGUAACCACCUCUAAGGACCACCUGGCCAACGUGAUCACUUUUUGGUCGUCCCUUAGAUAAUUUUUCUCAUUGACACAAGCAUCAAGAGUCCUGUCUUUGGUGACUAACUUUCAAAAUGGUCCCUUGAGUGUUUUUCUUGGUCAGGUUUGAGUGUAGUGCAUAUCUGUAUGGUUCCUACAAAGUACAUCUCGGCAUAUAAAUUUUACAAGACUGAAAAAGAACAUGACGACAACAUUUUGAUAGAAUUGAAUUUAUUGACCUUCACAAAAACUGUACACAAUUUGUGCCUCACAACAAAAAAGGUUGAACACAGGCUUUGGGAUAAUGAAACCACAAAAGACCAUAAGCAAGGACAGAGGAUAAGAGCUCAUGCAUCCCUUUUUGUACCGUAACACUGGAAAAUGCAUUAGGACAAAGCACAUCACGUCCUUACAUUGUUUGCAUACAAAUCAUUGUCAUAGUCCUGAAUCACCUGAGUCCAAAGUCAGGAAUUAUAUUACCUUCAACUUUUCAAAGCAGUUAGAAAA